CUCUGUCCCGCAGCUGCGGCGGCCGCAGCUCUAUGGUCGCCUGAGGAGUAGCUGCCCAGGAGCAGCCGAGAAGCGCGGAAGGGAUGUUUUGUCUUCGUCUCUUCCCUGCUGUGGCAAGAUUGGCUGUUGUCUCCCGAAGAUACCAUGGAUCAUCACAGCUUACUCAAGGUCGGCGCCGAUUGAUGAUGGCAGCUUUCCUGGGAACAUCUGCAGUUGCAGCAAGCACAGGCCUCUUAUGGAAGAAAGCCCAUGCAGAAUCUCCAACAUCAGUAAAUGAAAAUCUAAAGAAUAAAGCUGAGGACAGUAGAAGGAAUAAAGAUGAAGAAACCUUUGAAAAUAAGGAUAUAGAUUCUACUCUUGAGCCUCCAUCAGAAGAGAAAAAGAAGAAACAUUCCGGAUUCAGGGACCGAAAGGUGAUGGAAUAUGAGAACAGGAUUCGCGCCUACUCCACUCCUGACAAAAUUUUCCGUUAUUUUGCUACUUUGAAAAUAAUAAGUGAAUCUGGUGAAGCUGAAGUGUUUAUGACACCACAAGAUUUUGUGAGAUCCAUAACACCAAAUGAAAAGCAGCCAGAACAUUUGGGCCUGGAUCAGUACAUAGUGAAACGCUUUGAUGGAAAGGAUUUCUGGCAGACUGAGAAAAUAUCUCAGGAACGAGAGAAAUUUGCUGAUGAAGACAGCAUAUUUUUCUCACUUGGAGAGUGUGGACUCAUCUCCUUUUCUGACUACAUCUUCCUCACAACUGUUCUUUCCACUCCUCAGAGAAAUUUUGAAAUUGCCUUCAAGAUGUUUGACUUAAAUGGAGAUGGAGAAGUAGAUAUGGAGGAGUUUGAACAGGUUCAGAGCAUCAUUCGAUCCCAAACCAGCAUGGGCAUGCGUCACAGGGAUCGUUCCACCACUGGCAAUACCCUCAAGCCUGGCUUGUGUUCAGCCCUAACAACCUACUUUUUUGGACCUGAUCUCAAAGGAAAGCUGACCAUCAAGCACUUCCUAGAGUUUCAGCAUAAACUUCAGCAUGAUGUCCUGAAGUUAGAGUUUGAGCGUCAGGACCCCGUCAAUGGGCGAAUCACCGAGAGACAGUUUGGUGGCAUGUUGCUGGCCUACAGUGGAGUCCAGACCAAGAAAAUGAAAAUGAUGCUAAAGCAGCUCAAGAAACACUUCAAGGAGGGACAGGGCCUAACAUUCGAAGAGGUGGAAAACUUCUUUACUUUCCUGAAGAACAUUAAUGAUGUGGACACUGCCCUGAGCUUCUACCAUAUGGCUGGAGCAUCCCUGGAUAAAGUGACCAUGCAACAGGUGGCCAAGACAGUGGCUAAAGUGGAACUCUCAGACCAUGUGUGUGAUGUGGUGUUUGCCCUCUUUGACUGUGAUGGCAAUGGGGAGCUGAGCAACAAGGAGUUCGUUUCCAUCAUGAAGCAGCGGCUCAUGCGAGGCCUGGAGAAGCCCAAAGACAUGGGCUUCACCCGCCUCAUGAGGGCCAUGUGGAAGUGUGCUCAGGACACGGCCUGGGACUUCGCUUUUCCCAAAUAGUGACCCAAAGCGCCCGUCGGGCCGAGACUGCCCCAGCAGCCCGGGCGCCCCCUGGCGAGACCGAUGGCCGAGGCCGCCGAGCCCCAAACUCCGGGCCAGCCCGGGGCCCCUCAGAGGGCAGGACCCAUCGCCUCUGCCGGCCCCCUUCCCCGCUUUUCCCAGGGCUUAGUCACAGCAGGAGUCUCCUUGCUGCCUCCUUCACAGUCUGCCUUCUCUCUGCGUCCCGUAACCAAGGCUGAUGGACGUAGCGCGUGGAGGGCCCCGGAGGAGGCAGUCGGUCCUCUCUUCCUUCUCGCGCUGCUCUUACCCUAACCAUAUUUUUAAAGAAAGUGAUUUGCUUUUCUCCCUCACUUUUUUUUUUUUAAAGAAAAUUCCCUAUUGGAGAAAACUGAGCAGCAGCGCAGUCUUCCACGGUGUGGGGUCAGCAAGGAAACUUGGUCACCGUGGAAGGCUUUGGCCAGGGGAAGGACGUGUUUACGCUCUGGGCCGGCCCUCCAGCCUGCUCCAGCGACCCCGAGCGCCUGGUUUGUCCCCAAGAAGGACGGGAGAGGGUCGCGCUUCCCUCCUGGGCUCCUCUGGAAGAAGCCCAAUGAAGCUCGACUUCAUGAGCAGAAUUAGUCGCUGCCUUCUUUGUGUCGUGCCCUCUCUGGUGACUCCUCCCGGGGGCCGCGCUUCCACGCAGCAGAGGCCUAGAUCGGAGCCUGUAUCUGUCCUCAGUCUCAAACACGUAUAAAAUAUCACUUUAAUUAAACCCGUUUGCAAUGAA